AAUAAAAUAAAAUAAAAUAUAGAUACGCAACACACUAUUGGUCCACCACUAUAUUAAUACACAGACCACAUAGUUAGGUCGUUGUUCUUGUUCCAUUGCAUCAUCGCCGCUCGCAAAUUCGAUUCAACGUUCGUUUGUGUUCUUCUGCAAUAACCAGGAAAAACAAGGAAGAUGGGAAGCCAGUGGAAGUUGAAUGAUCACCCUAAGCUUCCAAAGGGGAAGCAGAUUGCCAUGGUGGUUUUGGAUGGUUGGGGUGAGGCCAAACCUAAUGAGUACAACUGCAUCCACACUGCCGAGACACCUACUAUGGAUUCUCUCAAAAACGGUGCACCUGAGAGGUGGAGAUUGGUUAAGGCUCAUGGGAAAGCUGUGGGGCUUCCUACUGAUGAUGAUAUGGGCAACAGUGAAGUUGGUCACAAUGCUCUUGGUGCUGGCCGUAUAUAUGCUCAGGGUGCUAAGCUUGUUGACAUUGCUCUUGAAUCUGGGAGCAUUUAUGAAGGAGAAGGUUUCAAGUACAUAAAGGAAUGUUUUGAAACUGGCACAUUGCAUCUCCUUGGGUUACUAAGUGACGGUGGAGUCCACUCCAGACUUGACCAGUUGCAGUUGCUCCUUAAAGGUGUUAGUGAGCGAGGUGUUAAAAGAAUUCGUUGUCAUAUUCUUACGGAUGGCCGUGAUGUUUUAGAUGGCUCAAGUGUCGCAUUUGUUGAAACUCUUGAAGAUGAUCUAGCGAAAUUGCGUGAAAAAGGCAUUGAUGCAAGGAUAGCAUCAGGUGGAGGUCGAAUGAAUGUCACUAUGGACCGUUAUGAGAAUGACUGGAGCGUUGUUAAACGAGGGUGGGAUGCUCAAGUUCUUGGUGAAGCCUCUCAUAAGUUUACUAGUGCUCUUGAAGCUGUCAAGACACUGAGGGCAGAACCAAAAGCCAAUGACCAGUAUCUUCCUCCUUUUGUUAUCAUUGAUGAGAGUGGGAAGCCUGUUGGCCCAAUAGUUGAUGGAGAUGCUGUUGUUACAUUGAACUUCCGAGCAGAUCGUAUGGUUAUGAUUGCUAAAGCUCUUGAAUAUGAAAAUUUUGACAAAUUUGACAGAGUUCGUGUCCCUAAGAUUCACUAUGCUGGAAUGCUUGAAUAUGAUGGUGAAUUGAAGCUUCCAAGGCAUUACCUUGUUUCUCCACCAUUGAUUGAAAGAACAUCUGGAGAAUAUUUAGUGAAUAAUGGUAUUCGGAUUUUCGCUUGCAGUGAGACUGUUAAAUUUGGUCACGUCACAUUCUUCUGGAAUGGAAACCGCUCUGGGUAUUUUAACCCGGCAAUGGAGGAAUAUGUGGAAAUUCCUAGUGAUAGUGGGAUUACAUUCAACGUCAAACCAAAGAUGAAGGCAGUGGAGAUUGCUGAAAAGGCAAGAGAUGCAAUUCUUAGCAAGAAAUUUGAUCAGGUACGUGUUAACCUCCCAAAUAGUGAUAUGGUGGGGCAUACAGGUGACAUUGAAGCAACAGUUGUGGCUUGCAAGGCUGCUGAUGAGGCUGUAAAGAUGAUCCUUGAUGCAAUUGAGCAAGUGGGUGGAAUUUAUGUUGUAACUGCUGACCACGGAAAUGCAGAGGACAUGGUGAAGAGGGACAAAUCUGGAAAUCCUCAACUUGACAAGAAUGGAAAAAUCCAGAUUCUCACUUCUCACACUCUUGAGCCAGUGCCACUUGCGAUUGGAGGCCCUGGACUGUCAGCUGGUGUCAGGUUCCGCAGUGAUGUUCCCACCGGAGGCCUGGCCAAUGUCGCAGCUACUGUGAUAAAUCUCCAUGGAUUUGAGGCUCCCAGCGACUACGAGACAACUCUGAUAGAAGUAGUUGAUAAAUAGGACAGCAUAGUUGAAUUAUAAUUUUGUGCAAAUUCGGGGAAUGUGUUGUCACCCUCCAAAUAAUUGAGAACUUUCAUCCUCCACCUCUAUGGUGGGUUUUGUACUUUUGAAUUUUUUAGCAUUUGCUGCUGUUGACAGAGCUGGAUAAACUAUAUUAAUGAGGUUUUUAAUGAAGUUUCUUUUUCUCUUUA